UAGCUAUUAUCCUAUUAUAACAUACUGUGUGUACCUUGCUGCUCUGUCUGCCUUCGGGCGCUUCGCUUGUUGCAAGCAUCGUCUCGCUCUCAGAAUUGCAAUUUGGUUCGGCCGCAGCCACAUCACCCAGGGCGAGUAGAAAUGUCGUGUCAUUCCUCCUGGCCCCUGUUACAGCUGCCUCCGGACUUAGUUAGUCGCAUUACCCACAUGCUGCCAGCCAAUGAAAUCCCGUGUGCGCUGCGAUUCGUCAACAAAGACGCUGCCGGAUACUUCAGUAGUCAAGAUAACACCACUGUACAUCUGUCAACGCUUUCCCCUUGCGAUGAAUUCGCAAGGCGGUGGGGCAGCCCCGAUGCCACCCGGAACCGCACCGCCCGGCAGCGUCACCAGCUUGUUUGCCUGACGGCUGGCACUGGUAACCUCGAGAAUCUCAAGACGGCCGUUUCUUGCACCGGAUUGCUGCCGUCGGCAGGGCCGAUUUCGAGCGCAGCUGCAGCAGGCCAUAUGGAGGUGUGUCGUUGGCUUAUUGAGAACGGCUACCCCUUUCACGAUGCUCUCGGCGCAGCAGCAAAAGCUGGGCGACGUGACGCAUGCGAGUGGCUUCUCGCCCAUGGAUGCCCCUGGGGUCACACUUCUGUCUGGGAUGCGCUAUGCCACGGGCAUGUCGACCUCGCAGAAUGGCUGGUUAGCCAGAUUCCGGAGGUGGCGCGCCAUGUGUAUGUAUCCCAAUGGUUGCUAGCGGCGACAACGGGUUGCGAUCUUGCAACACUGCAGCGGCUGCACCAUAUGUGGGUAGGCGGCCGGGCGUUGGACCAGCUGGGUCCUUUCACUUUGAGCUCAAUAAUGGGCUGCGCUGCCGGCAGCCCCACACGUGACUGGCAGGACAAGGUGGAGUGGCUGGAAGCACGUGGCUCGCUACAGCCGGGGCUCGUCCACCUGCUGCGGCGCCACUGACCAGCCGGAUGCACUGAACCGUCUGAUGUGGCUGACUGGAAGGGGCUACGAGCUGAGUUCAUACGUUGGCACAGCUGCUGUUCGAAAUGGUCGUGCUGACGUGGUGCGCUACUUGCUGCUGGAGGGCUUUAGGGAGCCCACGGAUUUCGGCUUGCCCUGGGUUGAGCUUGCAGCGCAAGAAGGACGCCUGGAGACCCUGAAGGUGUUACACGAGUGGGGCUUCCCUUUAAGCGACCAGGUGCUGCACUAUGCAGAAUCGAGCCAGCACUGGGCGGUGGUGGGUUGGUUCCUCAAGUUGGUUCAGGAGGGGGAAGAGGUGGAGGUGGACGUCCCGGGUGUCUUCCAAGGUGCCGCCUCUUCAGGGCACCUGGGGCUUAUGACCUCGUUCCUGGACGCCUGUCGCCGUGACAGCGUCAGUGCUGGGACUGCGGAACAGGCAUGGCCGUACGACACGUUCAGUGAGCCUCUGGCCUGCAUUGCGUUUACGUGUGCCGCUGAAGGGGGCUGCCUGGAGGCGCUGGAGUGGCUAACUGAACAGGGCUGCCCCAUGCCGGAGGACGGCAAGCCGUACUGGUUGGCUGCCCAGAACGGCGACAUGGCCACACUGCGCUGCCUGCGGCGGCUGGGCUGCCCCUGGGGCCCGCCCGGGUGGCUCGUCAGCGAAUGCGUCAAGUAUGUUUCUUGUUGCCGGCUACCAGUGCUGCAGUGGAUGCUUGCGGAGGGGUGCCCAGCGGACCUGGGACAGGCGCUGGAGGCAGUGCGAGUGCGGAUUGCGUACGAUGGGGGGACGGAGGAGAUGCUGCGGGUGCAAGAGUGGCUGGGAGAGCAGCUGUUGCGGCAGCUGUGGCACCGGCUGUGGCUAGAGUAGGCGUAGUGCGGGGUAGCAUGGCGGCGUGGAGGCAGGGAACGAAAGCGCAGUGUUCCCCUCAGCGUGGAUCCUGGCUUCACGCAUGCAUGGAAUGCAUAUGGACGGGUGAGGACAGAUUGUAUGUCCACCUUGCAGCUGCAAUAGAGGUUCGAGUAGUGCGACAUGAUAUGGCAAAUUUCAAAGGGGACAGCAGGGCAGGCAGUGGUCGCCUUGUCCCUGGGGAAACAGAUGGUGUUGUGAUCAUGGGUAAUUUGGUAUACUGCAGGGCCAAAGAGGGGAAAGAGUCGGUGUCCGUAUACGGUAAAAAGCAUUUAGGGUUUUUGGUUCCUAUCCUGCUGUGCACAGGGACAGGGGCCUGCACCCGUAAAUAAAUGCCGAUAAAGUAUAAGUGGCUUGAAGGUAUUGGCAUCUCCGACUGCAUGCGUGCUGUCUUGGAAGGAGUCGCAUGACGGGCAUUGUCGUGUCCUAACCAUGCGUUACCGGUAGCGAAAUCAUGGGUCCGUGGUUGUUUUAUAGCAUGUCGGUUCGUUGCUUGAGCCUCUCAAGCAUUCCAACUAUACGAUUACAGCGGCUGGGUUGCCGUAUUCGCAUAUCCAUCCGUUCAUCGUUCCCUGGGGCUAACUGAUUGUGUGCCGCAGUCUUUAGCCUUUGAAUUGCGCCUGGUCGGCGCUGUACAUGGCCUCCAUGAUGCUUUACCACAU